AUGACUUAUUCUGAGUUUGUGACCUUCUGCGAACGUUUCAUGCAUGAAGAGUGUAAAAAGUUUUACUACUGUGAACCAGACAUGUCCUUCAUGGAAGGGCUUAAUCCCAUUUCAGAUGAUGUGGAAUAUUCUGCUUUUAUUUUUGAUGCUUAUGGAACAGAUGGUGUAAUUUCGGUUUAUGUGGAUCAUAGGGUUGGUGUUGAUGGGUGGCAUGAUGAUGAAGAUAAUGAUGAUGAUGAACAUGAGUCUUGUAUUGAUGGUGAAAAUGAAGACAACAUAGAUGAACUUAGAAAUGUUUCCUUUGAAUUUAAUGAGGAUGUAGUGCAUAUGAGUAGGACAUCAAAUGAUCCUUUCUUGAGUAAGCUAUGUGUUGAUGAUGAGGAUGCAAACAACAUUGUAGAUGAUGAAAAUGGGAGAGAAGUUGAAGUUAACAUACAAGCUCAUUCCAUAUUUAAUGAGCUAUUACACUGGAAAAAACAAAAACCAAUUCUAGGGAUGAGAUUUAAGGGUUCCAGGGCAACAAAAGGUGCUUGCACAUUUAGAUUAUGGGCUUCCUGGAUGAGUGAUGAAGAGAGUUUCCAAAUCAAGUCACUAAAAGCUGAUCAUAAUUGUGCUAGGAACUUCAAGUUUGGAUCAUUGGUGACAUAUGCAUGGAUUGGGAGUCACUAUACCAAAGAGAUUGUAGAAAGUCAGAAAAUAAGUGUAAGGAAGCUUAGGUUAAAGGUAAUGGCCAAGUUUGGUAUCCAAGUUAGUAUGGGGCAAUGUAGAAGAGCAAAGAAGUAUGCACUGAAACUUGUUGAAGGUAACCUUGUUGAACAUUAUGGUAAGCUAUGGUCAUAUGGUCAUGAGAUUUUAAGGACAAAUCUUGGGUCAACUGUGAAACUAGAUAUGGAGGAUGGCCAGAUGGAAAGAAAUAUUUUAGCAAGUUCUAUUGUUGUGUUUCAAGGAGUUAAACAAGGUUGGAUUGAAGGGUGUAGAAGGAGCACAGGCAGUGUGCUAGACAUAUUUUGCCAGAAUUUGCAGAAGAGAUUUACUGGUGCCAUAUAUCAUACCUUGUUUUGGAGAGCAUCUAAAGCCACAACUGAGCAUGCUUUUAAAGUUGUGAUGAAAGAAAUUGAGACAUUGAACCCAGAUGCCCAUCAAUAUCUCAUGGAGAAAAGAUCUAAAACAUGGUCUAGAGCUUUCUUUCAAACUGGAAGGUGUUGUGAUGCAGUUGAAAAUGGGUUCUCAGAAAGUUUUAAUGCUGUAAUAGUAGAUGCUAGGAAGAAGCCCAUAAUAACCAUGUUAGAGGAGAUAAGAUUAUACAUGAUGGAUAAAUCUACAACAUGA